AUCCUGGGUUAGACAUCGCUCGGCGCAUGGUAUUGAGCUGUCGUCAAUUUAUCAAGCUGUCGGACGAGGUCAAAUACCGAAUCGCUUUGCUAAGAAGAACAAAAGUUGUAGCGAUCCCUGUGUAGAAUUAGAUAGGAAGACAAAACGAAACGUAUGACUUUUGUCACCAGACUCAAGGUCUAUUCGUUUUAUGCUGCCUGCUAGUCGCGAAAGAAAAAAAAAUGACAAGAUCUCAGCACCGACCAGUACGCGAUGCGGGGAGGUCUCUUCGCGAGGUGGAAACCAGUCCGCGACGGCGAAUAUGAUCGUUUCGCGAAGAUGUCGACCCUGACGGGCGACACGUUGACGAGUUUUUUCGGCGAAAUAACUAUGAGCAUGUCGACACGGUCUACCAUAGUAGCAACCGACGGCGUGGUGACCAUGAAGAUGAUCAUGUUGCUGAAGUAGAGACGAGUUUUCCUUCCCGACAGGACCAUUCCGUACGUCGGCCUCAGAGUGCCCGAGCUCCCCUGGAGAGCCACGCAUUGGUUGGGGAGGAUCGUCGACGGCAUCGUCAGCGCCGGCCCAUGAUGUUCUACAACGAGAGGUUAUCAUCUGGUAAUAUGGACUUCCCACAUGAACAAGCAGACGAGUUUCAUCGAGAACCUGUUGACGAUAGAACUCAUUUUUACCACGACGAAGACAACUUCUACCACAAAGAUGGCGAGAAUUUUGAAGAUUACUAUCUUCAUGCCACCGACGAGGUGGAACUACAGGACAUGGUCAUGGACAAUAACUACUACGACGUUGCGGCGGAAGACAACACCUACAAGUCAACUCAGGGUGCUCGAGGAGAGCUGCCGCGGGCUGAAAAUCCCGAAGAAGAUGAUGAUGAUCACGAGCAGGACACCGCCGGCGCCUUAAUCCGCUACAAUAAUGUCGCGCGGGAUAUGGCGUUCUCAAACGUUACAUUCUCAACUGUUACAUGAUUUGUCAUGCAAAAUGACCAUAAGCCGCAAGACAAUCAAGCUGCUCAGCAUGACAAAUUAUCAAAGGGCUAAACAGCAUCUAAAUCCGUGCCAAAUUUGUGAUGCAAGACUUGCAAGCUUACCCCUUUCCCUAUUGCUGUUUUUGCAUGACGAAUUCAUGUAACAGUUGAGAUUGUAGUAGUUGAGAGCGCCAUACUGGAUCUUUUGCAACAAAUGCGGGUGAAUUCGAACAAAUUGAAAACCCUGGACCUCUCCGGCAUGCUCUUCUCCAACGCCUUCUACAAAGAAUUCGCGAAUCAGCGAAAGCACAACACGAAUCUGACCGCCUUGUACUUGAAUAAUUGCAACCUGACCGAUAACAACUUGCGGCAGAUCGUGCUCGGGGAGCUCACCGGGGAUCCGUCGAAGCAGCUGGAGGUUCUGUCCUGCGAAAACAAUUUCCUGAAAAACGUUUCUUGCUUCUACAUUGCCCGAGCGCUCUGCGGGUUUGCGACGAUCAAGAACAAGGUCACUUCCGGCGCUUCCCGCGCAUUACUUGCGGGUGCGUCAACCACGCAGACAAAAUGGAGCCGGAGCCACGGUGGUAGAAAUGCCUUGGAUAUCGGUGGGUCGAAUGUGGCGAAUAGGUUGAGGUAUUUGUCCCUACGGAAAAAUCUGAUCAACGGGUCCGACGGGAUCCGAAUUCUGGCGGACGCGUUGAUGAAUGUGGACAAGAAUCUGGAGGUGCUGAACCUGAGCGAAAACCUGAUCGACAACUACGGCUUGGGUUGGAUGGGCAUGGUUUUGCGGAAUAACAACGUGUUGAAAAUGGUGGAUUUGCGGGGCAACAGAAACGAGGGGAACGACGGGAUUCACGAGAUUCUGCUCGCGUGUGAGGCGAGUGACUGCAAUUUGGUGUACGCAGAUUAUGCAGUUGACACCGGCGAACAUCUUCAGGAAAGCGACAACGUUGCGCCGUCCGGCGACAUGGCCGUCGCGUGUUUGGGGAAGCGGAACUGCACAGUUUACACGGAUCAUCCAUUCGGCCGACCUUCUGCACGACUCGCCCGGCAAGCCUCCUCUCCGGAGAAAUUUUUCAAAUCGCCCAAAUCCAAGUCCCGGGCACCGGUACUCCGCUUCAAGCGCUCCUCCACCCGGCAGAAUGAGUUUGAACCGGCCUCGAUCAUGAGCGAACGGGUUGCGAGUGAUAACCAGUUCCGGGCGACCUCGAGCAGCAUGUUGGAAAACAAUUUCCCCGAUUUCCAGCAUUGGGGCAAAUUGUUUCAGCAGAACGGGGAACUGGAGAGCGGAAUGAAGGAAACGUCCCUGGGAUACGGGAUUAGCCGGUUGAGGUUCAAACCAGGAGUAGAGACGAGACCAAGAAGCUCGUCGUCUCCCACGAGAAGACCGAGGUCGGCGUCGGCCGUAAGUGGCGCGAGACCAGGCGGGAUUCUACGGCGGUGAGUGUAGAAGUUCGGAGUGGGUUCGAAUUUGUUGAAAAGGGCGAACGCGGUGAUUUUUCAUCUCGGAAACCUGCACGAAAAGCACAGCGACAUCAAGCAGAGAGAGAGACGCAUCGGAAGAGCUGCGCUUGUACUACAAUGGGAAACCACGACAU